AUGGAUGACACCUUGAACCAAAUCCUAAUUCAUGCAUGCAAGCUCGCCAGAGACCUAGAAACAAAACUCCCACACAUCGCAAACCAUCCCCCACUCCUCUUUAGCUCCUGCGAAGAGGUUGCUGAGGCCUUCAAUAAAGCCGUCCAUGAGCUGCACUCUCGCAACGCGCCGCAGUAUAACACUCAGAUGUUCUUUGGGGAGACGUCGGGGUCUCUCUCCGAUAUGCGCACAGCGUCACCUUUGGAUAUACGUGCCGGAGAAGGGAGCUCCCAUGGUGGUACCUACACGCCGGCAAUCAAUUUUUCCCAAGGGCAACCGAUGGAAGAAGACAACCCAUUCUACCGUCGCCGGACGCCGGAGGAUCAAACGAUUACACCGGAUUUGCGGCACUUGGGGUUGGAAAUCCAAGGCUCGGGUGGUGGUAGCACCCCUGAUACGCAUAUUGAGGCAUUCCGUAGGGGUGGAGGAGAGGCUCCGGUGGCCGCCGAUGGCUCCUCGGUGGCCGAGAGAAGACCGACCGGGUCUUCGAUUCAAAGAUCUUCGAGGAGGAGGAGCUACUACCGGUGCACCCACAAGAGCUACUACGGGUGCGAGGCAAAGAAACAAGUCCAGAGACUUGACGAUGAUCCAUACACAUAUGAGAUCAAGUACUGCGGCACCCAUAGCUGCAAUACCUCGACCACACCACUCCUCAUCCCCUCUCUAGCACCCAACGACAACAACAACACCAGCAGCAACACCAGCAACCCACAAGGGGAAGCGCCGAUGCCCGAAGCCACCGCACAACCGCCUUCUUCCCUACCCACUUCAACCCAACUGGGUAUCUGGUUCUCCAGGGAGCUCGAGCAUGGCCAAAGGGAUAUCCUAUCCCUCAUGGAUAGCAACACACAAGCCGGCCCUUCUAACGUGCAAGGUGGAAGGGAUAUUGAUUCCGUCGCUGCUUUGGCGGAUGUCAUGUUCAAUUCGGGCAGCAGUGGGAGCAGCAUGGAUGCCAUCUUCUCGCAGCCGAGGCAAGACAAUUGA